GAACAUCUAAGUAAAAGACCGUCCAAUUUAAGAUGGUUCUCCUGGUCGAAAACGAGAUCAAGACAGGCGCCGUAAUCGACGCGUGGCGACACCUGAGCUUCUGGGCAAAGAAACUAAGCGAACUCUAGAUGGGAAGAUAGCUGGACUUCAGUCUGCUGAUGAUCUUAAAAAGGAAUCUGAAGAACUUCGAAAACAAGAAACAGAAAUGUUUGAAAGAUUGGACACGUCAAUAAGUGGAAGAUAUGCAACAACCACUUUUAGGCAAAAACAGGUGCGAAAAGGAAAAGAGAAGCCAGAAGAUAAGGAGAGAAAGGAACGAGAAGCUAAAAAACAAGCUGAAUUACAAGAAAAAUAUGACCUUUGGAAUAAAGGCGUGGCUCAAAUCGAGAGGCGUGAACAACAAAUGGAAGAGAUGGCGCGCGUGGCAGCGGAACCAUUAGCUCGCAUGGCAGACGAUAAGGAAAUGAAUAAGCAUUUAAAAGAGAUUAUUCAUGAGGAAGACCCAAUGGCGGCCAUGUUGCAGAGUAAAAAACGCGAAGAUGCCAUUGACCGUGGUGAGCUAGUCUACCCAACCUACCAAGGCGAAUGCCCACCUAAUCGUUUCGGAAUACGGCCGGGCUAUCGAUGGGAUGGAGUCGACCGUUCCAACGGAUUCGAGGCAAAACUAGCCCGAGCUAGAAAUGCGAAGAGUGCCCAAGAUAGGGAAUUCUAUCAAAAUAUCCAAUUGUAUGAAUGA